ACGCCCUAUUCUUGAGCUCAUGCUUCUUUGACGACGACCGACGAAACGUAAACGGCGGGCUGCUGUUUCUUUUCGGGGACUUUCUUCGAUCCCAAUUGCAAGCUUUCUAUGAUCCUGCGCUCCAUUUCCUCCCAAGGAUCAACCACUACAAACCACCUCCAACAAUGUCUUUCUUCCGCAUCACCCUGCAUCGCUCCGCCAUCGGUCUUCCCGAGCGCACACGAGGCGUCCUCGCCGCUCUAGGCUUGCGCCGUCGUAUGCAGACCGUCUUCCAUCCCGUUCACCCACAGUUCGCCGGUAUGAUCCUCAAGGUGAAGGAGCUGGUUCGUGUUGAGGAGGUGGAUCGCGUGUUGAGCAAAAGAGAGGUAAAGGCUGCGCGGACGCCGGAUCCCGGGUUCUACAUUGAGAAGGCUGUGCCAAGAAUGUAAAAAAAGCGAUAAUACCAAGGAAGAGAAAUGGGAGUGUACUAUACUGUAAUGACCCUUGUAUAAAAGAUGGCGCAGAAUCGGACGAAAUGAUAGAAGUGCGAUCAAGACACAUCAAGUUUUCAUUCACAAGUUGCUUGAAUGGAG